GAAGACCAACUGGUGAAGCAUUUAUAAGCGGGUGGACGGAUUAAGCAGCUGCAGGGAGCGAAUAACCAGCAUUUUAGUUUAUCGGUCUCUUCUGUGGAGAAGAUACACCAAUUUCCUGCAAAAUGUCAGACAGAAGCCCCUUUGAAACGGAUAUGUUAACCCUUACUCGAUUUGUCAUGGAAAGGGGAAGACAAGCCAAGGGUACCGGAGAACUGACACAACUCCUCAAUUCCAUGCUGACUGCUAUAAAAGCCAUUUCUUCUGCCGUGAGGAAAGCUGGCAUUGCUCAUAUGUUUGGCAUUGCCGGAAGUGUGAAUGUAACUGGGGAUGAAGUGAAGAAACUGGAUGUCCUGUCUAAUGAUCUUGUGAUAAAUAUGCUGAUAUCCUCAUAUUCCACAUGUGGCAUGGUUUCUGAGGAAAACAAAGAAAUCAUUAUUACACCAAAAGAUAAGCAAGGUAAAUAUAUUGUGUGUUUUGACCCUCUUGAUGGUUCUUCCAAUAUAGACUGCUUAGCAUCAAUUGGAACAAUAUUUGCCAUUUACAGAAAGACAACAGAUACAGAACCCUGUGAACAAGAUGCUCUGCAGCCUGGACGAACCAUUGUGGCAGCUGGCUAUGCUUUGUAUGGAAGUGCAACACUUGUGGCGCUCUCGACUGGCCAGGGAGUGGACUGCUUCAUGUUAGAUCCUGGGCUGGGUGAAUUUGUUUUGGUUGACCAAAAUGUUAAAAUUAAGAAGAAAGGAAAGAUUUACAGUCUCAAUGAGGGCUAUGCAAAAUACUUUGAUCCUGCAAUAACGGAGUACUUACAGAACAAAAAGUUUCCUCCAGAUGGCAGUGCUCCGUACAGCUCCAGAUAUGUUGGUUCCAUGGUUGCUGAUGUUCACAGGACUCUGGUGUAUGGUGGAAUUUUCAUGUAUCCAGCAAAUGAGAAGAGCCCAAAAGGAAAGCUACGUCUGUUGUAUGAGUGUAACCCUAUGGCCUUUAUUAUUGAGCAAGCCGGUGGAAUGGCAACCACGGGAACUCAGCCAGUGCUGGAUGUUAAGCCGGAGUCUAUCCAUCAGAGGGUGCCACUAAUUCUUGGCUCUCCAGAUGAUGUUGAAGAGUACUUGGCCUGUGUGAGGAAACACCAGAAGAGCAGCUAAUUGUGUUUAACCUUUGUUUUUCAUUCAUGUACCUGUGUUUCUUACUCAUAAAGGAAGUUCUA